AAGAGAGAGAGAGGGAGAGAGAGAGAGAGCGAGAGAAGGAUAGAUAGAGCAGUGCAGAACAUGAGAGUGUUUGUAAAGGAAGGAAGCUGCUUUAUUUCUCAUUUCCACCUCUGUGCGUGUUUCCUAUUAAUAGCUGAGGCUGAUCCACCCAGAGUAACGGGACUGACUGAUGUUCUCACCAGGUGGAGCUGACUGAGCCUCCCCUCUCAUUCUGGAAACACCAUCAGGAGAGAGCAGACAGUGAGGAAGAGGAGGAGGAGGAGGAAGACUGCUGCUGCUGCUGCUGCUGAUCCAGGACACCACACACCCUCAGCCAUGAAUUCGGCCGAGCAGACGGUAACGUGGCUCAUCACGCUGGGGGUCCUGGAGUCCCCCAAGAAGAGCAUCUCGGACCCAGAGGGUUUCCUCCAGACGUCCCUGCAGGACGGAGCGGUGCUGUGCCGGCUGCUGGAGCGACUCCGACCCGGGACGGUGGACAAAUUCUUCCAGGAGCCGAGGAGCGACAGCGACUGUCAGAGGAACAUCGGAGAGUUCAUCAAGGGCUGCGGCUCUUUCUGUGUGGAGCCUUUCGAGGUCAGCGACCUCCUGCAGGGGCUGAACUUCACCAAGGUGCUGAACUGCCUGGUUGCCCUGAACAAAGCUACUGAAGAUUUAGCUGUUUCUGAGGACAGUGUGUGUGAGUCGCACUCCUCAACAUCCAGGAUCAAGUCAUUUGAUUCUCUCAACACUCAGAGUCGCUCCUCCAAACUGCAUCAACCUCAGUACCGCAGCCUGGACAUGUCGGAGGGCAGUGGGUGUGUCCAGUCGCUGUUCAAGGCGCGCUUCCCCUUCCAGCAGACCAAUGAGGACGAGCUCUCUUUCGGCAAGGGUGACAUCAUCAGUGUGAGCAGGCAGGAGGAUGGGGGCUGGUGGGAAGGCUCGAACAACGGCAAGACCGGAUGGUUCCCCAGUAACUAUGUGAGGGAGCUGAAAGGAAGCGAUAAAACGUUAGAAAAGCCAAAGUCUGGGACCCUAAAAAGUCCACCCAAGGGUUUCGACACCACGAUCAUCAGUAAGACGUACUACAACGUGGUCCUGCAGAACAUCCUGGAAGCAGAGACUGAAUACUCCAGAGAACUACAGAGUCUCCUGGGCUCAUACCUGCGCUCACUUCACCCAACAGACAGACUCAGCAGCGUCGACAUCGGUCACAUUCAAGGAAAUCUGGAGGAGAUCUCGACCUUCCAGCAGAUGUUGGUUCAGUCCUUAGAGGAGCACACAAAACUCCCAGAGAGCCAACAGAAGAUCGGGGGGUUCUUCCUAAGUCUGAUUCCCCAGAUGAAGAUCCUCUACGUGGCCUACUGCUCCAGCCACCCGUCUGCUGUCAAUGUGCUCACACAACACAGUGAGGCGCUCGGCGAGUACAUGGAGUCAAAGGGGGCGUCCACUCCAGGUAUCCUGACUCUGACCACGAGUCUGAGUAAACCCUUCACCAGACUGCAGAGAUACCCGACGCUGCUGAAAGAACUGGACCGACACAUGGAGGACCAACACCCGGACAGAGCUGAACUCCAUGCUUCAAUGGCGGCCUUCAAAACCCUUUCAGCUCAGUGUCAGGAGGUGAGGAAGAGGAAGGACCUGGAGCUGCAGAUUUUAACUGAGCCAAUCAGAAACUGGGAGGGCGAUGACAUCAGAACCCUCGGCCCUGUCCAGCACAUGUCUCAGGCCAAGGUCCACACGCAGAACUGUCAGGAGUCAAACGAACGCUACCUUGUCCUCUUCCCUCACACACUGCUCGUUCUGUCUGCCAGCAUGAGAAUGAGUGGAUUCAUCUAUCAGGGGAGGAUGCCACUGUCAGGGAUGCUCAUCUCCAGAAUAGAGGACGGAGACAACCUGAAGAACGCUUUUGAAAUAUCGGGGGCUCAGAGUGAGCGGAUGCAGGUGGCGUGUAACACUCAGCAGGCACUACAGGAAUGGCUGGACCUUCUCACCAAACACACACACACUCCAGCCGCACUCGCACACAAGCAUCAGUCCGUCUGUCACACAUUGCCGUCCCACCCGGUCACUCCCACCAGACACUCUGAGUCCCGUGGAGGGAGCAGCGGAAACACCUACCACACCCUUCCCCACCCCGCCUCAUACGGGACGCCUCACGGUAGCAACCCAAUGUGGGGUCCCCUUGAGCCACCGAGCACCCCCAAACCCUGGAGCCUGAGCUGCCUUCGCCCUGCGCCUCCGCUUCGGCCGUGCGCUGCUCCCUGCAUCAAGGAGGAUAUGAGCAAAAGUCCUAAAAACAUGAAGAAGCUGCUCCCGAAGAGGAAGCCAGAGAGGAAACCUUCAGAAGAGGACUUCACUGUCAGAAAGAGCACCGCAGCUCUAGAGGAGGAUGCUCAGAUACUGAAAGUGAUCGAGGCGUACUGCACCAGCGCCAAGACACGACAGACUCUCAACUCCACUUGGCAAGGGACUGACCUCAUGCACAACCAUGUACUCGCUGACACCAGCCUCACCAUUGCUGGUUUGCCUGGCAGCCUGCCAUGUUCCGACCAAUCAGAGGACUCGGAUUAUGAAAGUAUCUGGACAGCCCCAAGUUUUAGGACUGCCUCGUUUUCUCGCUCCAGCAGGAAGGACAUUCAAAUGUUGUUCCCAGAGGAGGAGAAGAUCAUAGUGGAGGAAACCAGGAGCAACGGACAGACUGUGGUGGAGGAGAGGAGUUUGGUGGACACUGUGUACAGCCUCAAGGAUGAAGUUCAGGAACUCAAGCAGGACAAUAAGAGGAUGAAGAGGACACUGGAGGAGGAGCAGCGAGCGAGGAAGGAGAUGGAGAGGGUCAUCAGGAGGGUUCUGAAGAGCAUGGACGACCCAACUUGGGACGAGACAAACCUCUGAGAUCUAUGUGGAUCCAAACAUCACGGACAGGAUGUGACUUUAAAUGACCGAAUGGCCUGAGUGAAGUGUUGUUCAACCUGUGUGGACACAAACUGCCAACACUCCAUUGUGUUAUACGACAUGUCUUCACCGUUUCCACUUCAACCCCCACAAUUCCCUGCAUACUACACUCUGGACCAAGAGAAGAUGCCUGCCGGCCAUCAGCAAAGCCAUCACAUCUGACUUUAAAGUUGUGAAGCCAAAAUAGCUGGUAGGCAUGAUGACCUCACUUCCUGUCAUGCUCCUUUCCACUUUCUUUAAGCCUUUGGAGCGCUGACACAAAAAUCUCUUUAUCUUUUACGAGGUAUAAAAUGUCACCAUUGCCAGGAAAGUAUUUUAUUAACUGACCUGGUGCAUGAAUUAGAAUGAUACAUGAGUUUAUAUAUUUCAUAAAAACUAAACAGACACUUUUGAUUAGCAGCUACUUAAUCACAAAUACAAAUGUUAAAGAAACAUUUAAGAAGAUGCUUAUAAAUUAUUUGUGAUACACAAAUACUUUUUUUUUAAGGUAAACCUUAAAUUACCAGCACUUAUAAGUGGCUCAUAUUUUACAGAAUGACAUGAAAGUCCUCAGUCUGAUGUGAAUUAAUUAAAUUAAUUGAAUUGAAGAUGAUAUAAUGUGAGUUUAUCCAAUCAAAUACAACUUAUUGUCAAACAGAAGCUGGAGGGAGAUUUUCUCAGGAAUCAACCAUCAGGGAGUUUCAGCUUCCGCUCAGCUUCCAUUUCAGAUUUCAUGGAUAAGGCAAUAUCUUAAGGUAAAAUAAAUGUGUUUGAGCCAAAUGAGCUGCAAGAACCAGUUUCAUCAGACCCAGCACAACAAGAAGACAGAUGCUGAACUUUCAGAAUCACCCCUGUGUGUGAAUUUGAGAACGCUUACAACGUAAACAAACUGUUAAAUGUUAUACAUCUGCCAAAAGCUGCAGUUAAAUGCAUGAGAGUAACGGAAACAUCUUUGCAACCAUUUUGCAGUUAAUUUGGAAAAACUAGGCAGAAUCUUGUCUACCAGCAGUAUGUUUUAUAUUCCUACCAAAUAUCACAUUUCUUUAUUACUUGAAAUAUGUAAGCUUAUAUUGUGAAAACGGAACUGUACCAUCGCCUCAAAUAGUCCUUGCACUGCUCAACACUUGACUACAUCUGGGUAUAGUGCCACAUAUUUUGGAGCUUCUUAAUCAUUUGUCAAACACAAGCUGUUACGGAAACUGUUUGAAAACGAAGUGUAUGCUAAGCAUGAUAAGAACUACCUAAAAUCACAGAAAAUCUUCUUUGAGAAAAACAUACUUAACAUACAACUAGAUCUUUUAGUUUGGUCCAUUUCUCAUCCACUUACAUGGAGGAGGAGGGAUUUAUGACCUAUACUGACGGCGGCAAUGAGGGUAAAGACGGUUUGGCGUCACUUUCAGGGUCUAGUCAUGUCGCCAAUCUUUAUAUACAGACUGAAUCUGGAAAUGUAAUUAAUGAAAUUACAUUUCAAUACAAUGUGGGAGCAAUUAGAAGCAAGUGAUGACAUUUCAGAGAGCAACACCACCAAUGCAAUCGUUCCUUAUUUUAUUAGAAAUAUUGAGAAUUUUGAGUUUCCUGUGCCUUUUGAAGAUGAAGUAAAUCUGGGGACCCACUGUCAUUCCUCCAUGCUCCCAACCGUCUGAGACCUGUUCAAAGUAAGAGCUUUGUAAAUCAGCAAGAACUUGAAAUAUAAGAUUGACCAAAAAAACUCAUCAGGUAGCAAUAUCAACAAAUAUUAUAUGUUUAGUCGCUGAUUCUGAGGCGAGCAGAUUGAUUUAACAUUUCAGGAAUAAUUUGAACUGCACUGAACUGAUUCAGAGGCAUUGAAUUUCCCAGUAAGAGUCCAGAUGUCAGAGAAAAAACGUUGUUCAGACACCAUCGCAGUCUUCAGGAGCGUUAGUGCGCCUGCUCAAUGAUCUUUUUGUUUCAAGACCAAAGUCCAAGCAAUACAACACUGGAAAUAUAUUGUUUCUUUGUUUUUGUAUGAUUUUUACAAGAUUGAAAAGGAACUUACUGUAGCACGAUUUCUUAUUUUUAUAUUUGUGAUUGUGUUUUUACUCUUUAUCGGCUGGUUUUGAUUUGUAAGACUUUUUUUAUUUUCUACUUGGACCUUUGUGUUUUCUCCCGAGCGUCAGUAAACUUUAGCUUUAAGACUUCACCCGCAAAAUUAACUCAAUGAGAACUACACUAAUGUAAGCCAUGUAAUGCAAUAUGCCAAUUUUUGACUAUAAAUUAUGUAUUUAACUGAAGUAACUGAUUUAAAUGUAUUGUGUCUUCAAGCAGUUGUUACUGUGAGAAGAAUCAUAACCUCUAUUUAUUUCACCCAUUUGUCUGAAUAAAAUGUUCAGUCAGA